AUGGUAUUAGUGUCCACUUUGGCGGCGAUGUUCAAACACGGGCGCACUUUUCACACACCGGCGGCCACAGCGGCGGCCAAAAGCCGGGGCCGAUCGCCGGCCGCACCGCACGUCUCGCCGUUCACGACGUCGCCCACAGACCCGCUGGCCGUCAGUCCCACGCCAUCCGAUCUGCCGGACGGCGUCUGUUAUAUCCGUCAGACGCCGAACAGUAUCUACCGUCCGGUCACUCAUCGGUCGGCGACUGUCGUGAAAAAGCGCGACCCAUCGCCCGGCAAAAGCCUCCGAUUCGCCGAACCCCUCGUGUCGGCCACCAGACGGGCGGACCCGACGCGGGCCAAGUCGUCCGAACGCAUCGACAGGCCGUGUCGGUCGCGACAGCAUCUCAAUCGGCCGCUCAUCAAACCCACCGACACUCCCGAUGGCGGCAAUGAUUGCGCCCACAAAACGGUCGUCAAGAGUCCGGCCACUAGUCAAACGUCACCAAUAUUCGCGUCCAGUGAUGUCUUCGGUGGCGAUUGUAACGCAUCGGCGGUUAAACCCCUUAACAAUUGCGUUCGUUCGAAGAGUGUGUCCCGCGAGUCGACCCCCGAUUCCGGCCGAUCCGCGUCACCGCCCGAACCCAAGACUUUGGUGAAGACCGCUAUUAACGUACCGAACAAAACAGUCCAUAAAUCAUCGGUACUGACGCCGACCGACGGCUCACACAUUCACCGAAAGACGCUAACGAUUCCGUUGCAAACACUGGACCGAAAGGGAGACCCGAAUCGUCUGUCUGUUAACGUGAACGUCGCGGUCGGCCUCCAGUGCGAUGACGAGAAAGUGCGGCACUCUUUGGCUAAAAAGGCUUUCGAGCAACAGAUGGGUCACCACAUGAUCUCAUCGAUGUCUGACGACUCGGGCUCAGACACGUCAUCAGUGGUGAGACACGAAACCAGUGACGAAGUGGACUACAAUGUGGCGCAAUCGGUGAGCGGAUCCGCUAUUCAAGUGGCCAUACGUUUGCGUCCGUUCCUGAAGAACGAUCGCUCGGAUGAGCCGGUGAUCGAGAUGUCCGGCAAUACCGUCCGUAUUAUCAAUUCGGAUAACGAUAAAUACAAUCGACUGGAAUUUGGCUUUGAUUACACACUGAACUCGUCGGACAGGGAUCUGUUCGACUUCGCCGAUCAGGACAAGGUGUUCGUCGAAAUGGGCCGACCAUUGCUGGAGCGGGCGAUCGAGGGCUACAACGUAUGUAUGUUUGCUUACGGCCAGACCGGGAGCGGCAAGAGUUUCACAAUGACGGGCACGGAAUCCAAUUUGGGUGUCAUUCCUCGCUUUGUGCGCGAACUCUUCAAACGCAUCCAAACCCUAUCCGACACUGUAUUCUCUGUUGACGUCAGUUAUUGCGAGAUCUAUAACGAGAAGAUCUACGACCUCUUGUCCGACGAUAAGCUCAUCAAUAAGAAGACACUUCGCAUCCGAGAGCACCCGCAGUCGGGCCCAUACGUGGAGCACUUGUCCCAGCAUUCGGUCACUACAUAUAGCGAAGCGAUGGAUCUCUUAACGAGAGGGACCAGACGUCGGGCCACGGCUUCUACGGCUGCCAACGAACAGAGCAGUCGUUCCCACUCUAUAUUCACUAUAGUAUUGUCACAAUUGCGAAGUACGGGAGACAUCGAGGGUCUGGAUCACGACGUGAGCUCGUGUUGCGGGUCGCGCAUCAAUCUGAUUGAUUUGGCCGGCAGUGAACGCGUCGGUAUCGCCGGCACAAGCGGUGAAAGGCUCAAAGAGGGUUCGCUUAUCAACACAUCACUACUUAAUUUGGGAAAAGUGAUCACAAAGUUGUCCCAAUUGGGCCGAAAUCGGCAUAAAGUGGCGCACAUUCCGUAUAGGGAUUCAAUACUGACAUACCUUCUGAAGGACAGUUUGGGCGGCAAUUCGCGCACAUCAAUGAUCGCAACCAUAAGUCCCGCUAAAUGUCAUUUGGAGGAGACGUUGAGUACAUUGAGAUACGCGGCCUGUGCUCGAGAAAUAGUCAAUUACGUGCACAUCAAUGAAGAUCCCAAGAAUCGCAGAAUUCGAGAGCUCAUGGAAGAGAUCGAGUAUCUCAAGAGUCAGCGCGCGAAUGGACAGCUCGUACCGCACGUCACACUCCGUGGUAAGCCGUCUGACCAAAGCGUGGAGAGCGUCGAAAGCGUUGAGCCCAAAGUGAUCCCGACCUACAGUAUUGGGACCAACACUUCGUUUGUCGAGAGCCGUCGUAUGAGUACGAAAGGCACCGAGACUUCGGUCACCCGAACCCAGACCUGCAGUAUAGCCACCAAUACUUCGUUC